UCUCUAGAAGAAGGUGUAGCUGGAACAUUUUCUUCAGGAGAAAGUUUAGCUAGUACAUUAUCUUCAGAAGAAAGUGUAGCUAGUAUAUUUUCUUUAGAAGACGGAGUUUCAGGUACAUUUUGGCUAAAAGAACCUGUGGCUAGUACAUCAUUAUUACAGGAAAUGGUCCAUGUGAUACCAACUGAAAUUUUAAGCACACAAUCCGAAUCAAAAUUAAUUCCAAGCGAUAAAAGUUCACACAUAAUAAUUAAUCAGAAAAACGGUGGUGCUACAACUGUUUUUCUUGAUGAUGAUCCUUUCACGAAUUUCGUAGAACUUAAAACUGACCAAAUCUCUAAUGCGAGUGUUGAAAUAACAAAAACAGAAGAAAUGCUUGAAACUAUUAUAACUACAGUUUUGGAAAAUAGUAUAAUUGAUUCAUCAGUUAUUAAAUCAAGCCAAGAUGAUUUGAAUGAGCCAUCGUGUGAUCACAAUCAUUUAACAUCUCAAGUAUUUCUUACCCAAAUACCAAAAUCAUUAUCAAUCCAAGUUAGUAACGAUUCCAAUCCAUUUUUGGCCUUUAAUGUUGUUGAAACCACAAAAUACUAUUGCAUUCAAGCUGCAGAAGAAGUCGUGAAUAAUACUAUCAUGGCAUCCGUAGAUACUUCAAUACAAUCUAUGCAUGAAGAGUUAAUGCCCACAGAGUUAAUAGAUGAUCUAGAUGAGACCACAGCUAAAAAUGUUGAGGAUUAUGAUGUUACGACUGAGACGGAGGAAGAUGAUGAUUACGAUGGCAAUAAUGAGGAGAUUGAUUUGAUUUAUAAAACUUUAUACACGACCUACACAUAUCUGACUACAUUUUUUGAGGGCUCACAGACAACGGUAUCUAGCCAUACAGAGAUUAUAACAAAUAUCAUUUCCUCAACACUUGAUGUGGGAAAAACGAAGUUAGUGUCGAUCAAAAAUACACUUGAAGAGCAGGAUAUUAACAGCUCAUCAAUUUCUACCAAGUAUACAAUACCUUUGGAUAUUGUGAACGUUUUAAGUUCGGAAACUGGAAUGUCCUUAGAGUCAAUAACUGACAUUGAUUUAGAUGAUAAUAUAUAUACCAAAACUCUACUUACAACAUAUACUUAUUAUACAUCCAUAUUUACCAAUAAUGAUACGGAAAUAACGUCCAGAACGGAAGUGAUUACAAAUUUUUUAACUGAUAGUAAUACUUUGAGUUCAAUCGAAAAAAAUAGUACUUAUGAGAACAGUCAAGUAAAUCUUGUAGAACAUACAAGUGAAAAUCAUAAAGAGUUAAGCAGAGUUAUUCAGAAAACACCUCUGGACGAUCAGGUUAGCUCUGAGAGUAAUGAUCAUGAUGAAAUAAUGCCAUCGGCAACGUUGCUUUUACAAACUAGCUUUACCACAUUUACCUUCUAUACCACCAUGUAUGUGGGCGAUGAUACAAAUAUUAUUAGUCGCUUGGAGACUGUGACUAAUGUGGCUACUGAAACCUUGAAGCCGACGAAACAUUUGAGUGUUGAAGAUGCCUCCUUUCCUAUUACCUAUUUUACAACUUACACUUAUUGGACAAAGUUGGCAAAAGAUGGUGAGAUUACAACAUUAAGCCGGGAAGAGACAUUAUAUAAUGUUAUACAACCCAAGAAUAAUGGUACUGAAAUAUCAUAUCCCUAUAAAGCUACAAACGAAACAACCGAAGCUGUUAGUAAUGUAAUUCAUACCUCCAGCUCCUCCACUGAUAUUACCACUUAUUAUACAACAUAUACCUAUUAUACAACUUCCUAUGAAGCCAAUUCUACAAUAAUUGCUUCUAACUUAGAGACUGUUACCAAUGUGGUAACGUCCUACCUUUCAACUCCAUCAGACAUUGAACCCAGCAUUUCCGUAACUUCAACCGAACAGCAAAUAAUACCUAUCACUAAAAAUCCGAAUGUUAUUUUGUAUGAUUAUAAACACAUCAUAGAUGCUGAUGAAGUAAGCACUUUGUAUUUUACCACUGAAGUUGUCUCUUCAAUGAACCUUGAUGGUUCUAAUAUUGAAGUUACGAGCAGCACUUCCCGAUUACAUGUCGAUGAAGCUAAAAAGUCUAAUUUAAGCACACAAGACGAUGAAAUAUAUAGUUCAAGUACCUCAAAAAUGUAUAAAACCGGAUUGGUUCGGCUUAUUGAGGGUAAACGUAUUCAAAAUAAUACAACAACAUUAUAUCAAUCAAAGGUUAUUGGAACCAUCAUCGAUAAUCGUUAUGCACAGAUCAUUGAGAGUACAUCUAGUUUUCUCUAUGAAAAGGCUAAAACUGAUGAAUUAGUAAUAGCAACCAGUGUUGAAGAAUCAUCAAUCGAACCGGAAACACAAAAAGUUGAAUUAACAAAGUCCUUAAUAGGAAAUAAAGAAAAUAUUGCGGAUAUAGAAGAUGACGAGGUUACUAGAGGAGACGUGCCACAGCGUCCAUUUGCACCCGUGAUAAGACCAUUUGCCUCAAGAAAUCGUCCUUCUUAUGCGCCAAAACAGAAAACUCUUAGCCCAAGUAGUGCCACCAUAAUUACCAGAUCGGACAUUACACCAACAAUUACUGCUACGCCGGCUUUAAAGUCAUCUUCUGGAGGUAGAUAUAUCUCUUCUCGACGUGGCAUUAUUUCUAGUGCACCUAUAAAUCCAAGCGAAUCCAACUUGUCUCAAUCUUCAAGACGCCUCUUCGGUCGUCCAUCAAAAUCGUUAAGUAAUUCCAUUGAUCAAUCUGGUAGCCAGGCUUCUUUCCAACCUUCUCGAAACCGUUUUGUAUCAUCUUCACGAUCCAAUCCUAUCGCUACAAGUUCUCGUCGCCCAAACAUAUCUUUUCGUCCAUCAAUAGCGCCAGGAUUUCGGGCUUCUGGUAUAAUUAAUAACCCCAAGUUACGAGUAAGGCCAACUAGUUUGGGAUCAACUUUGUCCAUAAACGCACAAUCAAAAGCGGUCUCGAGUUCUAGUCAGAUUAGUAACGAAGAUGAAGGAAACUUAACGGAGGAAAUAAGCGGAGAGGACGAAGAGGAAAAGCAAACGAGAAGCAACCAAAAUCCAUUGCUCCGGUUUCGACGCCCAAUAAAUAAGCCCAGUGGCUUCAGUCCAACAACAAGACAAAAUUCUGGCGUUUCCCCUGGAGUUUCUUUAAGAAAGAACCCACUAUUAUCGUUACGAUCAAAACCUUCGCCUGCUACAAGCCCUACAACAUCAACAACAACCCCAAAACCAAAAUCCUUCACGUUCCAACGACCAUCUGGCCUUCAAAAUAGAUCAAGGCCCCAAAAUAGCCUAUUUCCACCCCGAGGACUUUUCCAGUCACAAAAAGAAAUUGAUCCUCUGGAGUCUAAUACAAAUGAAGGUUUAACUGGUAUUGAUUCCGAAUACGAUGAUUCUUCCGAAGACGAUGAAGACGGUAAUCAACAGACGUUUCAAAACCAAAAGAGAUCAACUAAACUUAGAGUUCGCCGUCAAGUAGAUCCUCUAAGUAGAAGUCGCUUUCGUUUUCGUCGCCAGAACGUUACUGCUAUAAGUCCAAAUCAAAAAGUAGAAGAGGCCCUCGACGACAGUACACUCAAUCCAAGGGGAAGACUAGUUCUAGAUUUGGUUCUAGAUUUCACACGCCAGAAACAACAACAGCAAUUAUAAAUCAUAAGU